AGCUCGACAGCCAUGGCCUCAGAACUAGGGCUAGCGCCGCCGGCGAAGCGCCCGCUACCGUCGGCACCCACCACCAUCACCGGUAUCGGCGACGACCUCCUCCGCGAGAUCUUCCUCCUGCUUCCGUCCCUCCCGAGCCUCGUCCGCGCCGCCCUCGCCUGCCGCACCUUCCUCGGCGCCGUCCGGUCGUCCCCCGCCUUCCGCCGCCGCUUCCUGGCGCUCCACCCGCCCCAGAUCCUCGGCUUCUUCAUCUGCCCCAGCCGCAUCGCCAGCCACCCCUUCGUCCCCUCCCGCGGCCGCUCCGACCCGGACCUCGCCGCCGCCGUCCGCGGCGCCGAUUUCUUCCUCACCCGUCUCCCGGAGAACGGCGGUUCCUCCCGCGGGUGGCACUUCGAGACCUGCUACGGUGGCUACGCCGUCCUCCUCAACCAAACCACGGACCAGAUCGCGGCCUACAACCCCCUCACGCAGGCGCUGCAUCUCUUCCCCCAGCCGCCCGCCGACAAGAUCCUCUUCCACGGCUUGCCUGAGUACUAUUUUUUCUCCGAAGAGGACCAGGGAGUGCUCCGUAUGGUCUGUGUCCAACACCGGAACAUGUCGUGGCAAGUGCCGGCGCGCCUCGCCGUCUUCUCCCCGGCCACCAGCAGCGAGUGGCAGAUUUUGCCGUGGGUGGAGACCCCGCCGCCGCUGCAGCCCGAGGAAGAUGGUCAAAAGGUCAUCACCUUUUACCCUGGUACGCAGGUGAAAGGAUUCGUCUACUGGAAACACACGAGUCAAGCCUAUGCACUCAUUCUCAACACUGCGACACUGCAAUUCUCGAGAGUGGAUUUGCCGCCAUUCUUUGAAGAGAUAGAGACUGUGCAAUUUAUGCUUGGUCAGACCAAGGAUGGGGAGCUCUGUAUGGCUGGCGCAGAUGACAACGAUGGAAAGACAGGAAUGCUCGUUGUUUGCGUUUGGAGAGCUGAUGAGCACGGUGUUGAGAAGUGGAUGCUGGAAGGUACUUUUGCACUGAGUCUAUUUGUUGAUGCCACAGAGGAUGAUUCCACGGUGCAGGUUGAUGCGAUUAUCGAUGGCUAUGUGUACCUGUCUACUAAGUAUUCUGGGCAAGCCGAGUCCCUCCUAUCCCUCUGCCUGGAAACAGCAAAGCUAACCAAGCUCUUUGAUGGUACAUACACAAGCCCAUCUCAUCCCUAUAUCAUGGCAUGGCCUUCUUCAUUGGCAGACAACAAGGCAAGCCCGUGCUUGAAGAUUCCGAUUAUGUAUCAGUAGGAGGAUGCAAUGUGGAAAGCCAAUAUCCCUCUAAAAAUUAAGAUAUACUAUGGCUGAUUUGGCACAAUGUGAUUGCCACAAAAGACAGUAUGAGAAGAAUAAACUGGGUUGGGGAUUAUAUUUGUAGCUUUUGUGAGGAGAACGAAUCUAUUCAUCAUCUCUUCUUUGCCUGUUUGGCUGCAUCAUACAUGUGGAGCUCUAUCUGCAAUACUAUGGGUCUAUAUGAUAGACCUCAGAUGCUUCACACAAUACUUUACUUGGGUCGCUGAUAAAAUUCCCUUAGGCAUUAAUUUACAAUUGCUGCCUUUUGUUGGGUUAUCUGGAAAACUCGAAACAGAGCUUAUUUUGAGAAGAAAUUACCGUUGGCUCCUGCUGAGCUGAUUUAUUAUUUUUAUGUUUUUCUAUGUCACUGGGCAGGUUUACAGAAGGAUGGUGAAAGCCAAAUCUUCUGGAAGGGGAGGCGGCGAUCCAGAAUUCAGCUAUCAGGAGUUCAGGACCCAUGAAGCUGCUAGUGCGUCCUCGACUGGUGGCUUACUGAGCAUCAGUGAAGAAGAUGAGAG